AUGGUUAUUGUAGGAUUUGAAGAUGACCGCGGGGGCCAACGUAGAGUAAUAGUUCAGGAUCUAGUUGGAGGUCAUAGUCUUGAUAUCGAACCCAUGCUUUACCCCUCAGCUGAUCAUACUGCACCCGAGCUACAGAAAUGGAGCUGGGGUCAAGAUAAUGAUACUUUCGUUCGACUCGUCACCACGGAUCCAUCGAAAGUUGCGCCGACAUCAGUCCCUGGGCUAACGAUUGAAAGAUCGUUCCCACCUGAUGGCGGAAUUGGGAUGUCAAGUUUAGCAAUUUGGAGUUGGUGGCCUGCGGAAGGUGCGAGUGAUGAAUUAAUGUUUCCAAAGGGGGCGGAGGUAAGGGAAUGUAAGGAUGUCAAUGGAGAUUGGUUUUGGGGAUGCUAUAUGGGCGCCAAGGGAUUGUUUCCUGCACCGUAUGUGAGGGUUUUGGAGGAUUGGGAAAAAUUGCUGGGGUUUAAUGACAGGUCAAAAUAUAGCAGCAUUGUGUUUUCGUUUGGGUUAUUUGCAUAUACUGUUUUGGCUGGAAAUCAUGUUCGGGGUGAAUGGGAGAGAGACACGACGUUUAAUGAUAUGCACGAUCUAUGA